AUGAUUUUGCACUGUCUGAUCCGAAGUCACAGCCGACGAUUGAAGUCAGACGCCUUCUCCCUAAUUAGGUAUUAUUCUUGGGGUAUGCGUGCGGUAGAGGAGGAGGCCGCUGCAUGCGAAGCUACCAUCAAACGCGUUCAGCAAACUGAGAAACUGCGGCGGUCCACGGGUACCAUUUCCGGCGAUGAUCUUUCCUCAAAUUUCUUGCCUCUGCGUCUGCGUGGAGUUCCGCGCAUGUCCCAAGUCGAGGAGUGUGGUACCAGUGAACGACGCUGCUCUGCUAGUAUGCUCGACGCGCCUGCCAGUUCAUUGAAUAACAACUUCACGGUUCCAAAACGUGCCGUUACUAGUUCCUCGGCUGCUCACGACUAUGGCGGAAUUUUCAUUCGCCGUAAUUCGAGCGGCCAGGCCAUUGUUCCCUCUUCAGCCUCCGUCAGUGAUGAAGGUCAGGCGGUAAGAGCGCCUCGCAGAGAUCGCACGAUUCUUCUUCCUCCUCGUGGUUCCCCUCGACGCCCGCAACUAGGGCCAGAGCUAUCAUCACUUGACAGCAGCGGUCGUCCGCCAGAUUGCUGGACGGCCCCGGGGAGAAACGUGUCCGACAGGUUACGAAAUACACUUAGGCAACGAAUUUAUGAGCCGCGAACAGAAGAGGCGCCUUGCUGCACUCCUCCGGUGUGCUCUCGGCCUCGAUAUUCCAGAGGACAUCUACCAGAAGGAAGUUCCCCGUCGGAUGGCCACUGUUGUGACUCAGACACUCGCGAGCCCGAGGGCAGCCGGAGAAGGCGUCAUUUUAUGCGUCCAGGCCUCAGAGAAACAGGGGAACUGUCGACCGGUGCCUCUCCGGCGGCGAGUUCGUCUUCUUUUGAUAGCCACACAUGGCGGCUAAAUAGUUUGACUGAGCACAGCAGCUUUGUCGAGAAUUGCGGAGGUAGCGGCGGUCCUGAAGCCGGAGACAAAAAAGCUGACAGAGAAUCAUGGAGCUCACGAGGGUAUGGCCGGGACAGAAAUCGUUCACCUUAUUGUCACCCGAACGAUGAAAAAGACGAUCUUGUGAUUUCGUACAUGGGUGGGGAGACUGCGAGUCUCGCCUCUCGGGGAGACUUCGAUCUGACAGUUAACGCGCGUCAAGCUUCCCCCUUUUUUAGCAGAACGGCUAGGCAGGUGGCAUCAUACUUCCAAAAACCAUACGAUCAAAUUACGUACUGCUCAGAAGCACUGCCCCGGCCUCUGGACCAUCACUCACCAGGAUCACCCAACAAGCUCCAAGAUCCCUCGGAAGAAAGUGACAAUUUUAACCCUAGUGACAUUCGCUUGCGCCCUACGCAGUCUCCGUGCCCCCCCGUCACUAUCACCUACAAAAGCGAAAAGCAAAGUAUCUGGGAGGAUCCGAAACCGGAGGAGGAGAAAAUUCGAGCACGGGUGCAUGUUGUAGGCAGGAACUGGCCGCCUCCAAUGGCUCCGCAAUUCCUCCCGUCUUGA